AUGGGGGAUAACUCAUUGACUGUGCAAAUGCAUAGUGAGACAGACCGGCUGCAGAAUGGUGCAUUGAUCCCUAGAGCAGGAUUGGUACCUCGACCAAUUGGCGGACAGGAGAAGCUUGGGAUGUUCUCCGGGGUGUAUGUCCCAACAUGUCUCAAUGUUUUGAGCAUUUUGAUGUUCCUUCGAUUUGGAUUCAUCCUAGGCCAAAGUGGGAUUCUAGGCAUGAUGGGUAUGCUUAUCGCCUCAUAUGUGAUUAAUUUCAUCACUACCUUCUCCCUAUCCGCUAUCGCCUCGAACGGAACAGUGCGCGGAGGCGGGGCAUAUUAUUUGAUCUCUCGUUCUUUGGGUCCAGAAUUUGGGGGAUCGAUCGGACUGGUCUUUUACCUAGGCUUCGUAUUCAACACUGGAAUGAACGCAGUGGGCCUUAUCGAUUGCAUAACGCUGAAUUUUGGUGCAGACUACGGCAAUUGGGCUCAGAUUCUUCCCGAAACAAACUGGUAUUGCUAUCUUUGGUCUACCAUAAUACUCGUUCUCUGUACGCUGGUAUGCUUGGCUGGAUCUGGAAUAUUUGCAAGGGCUAGCAAUGGACUAUUGGUUAUUCUGCUUCUCGCUACAUUGAGCAUCCCACUAUCUGCACUCGUCGUCAGUCCCUUCGAAAGUCGGAAGCUGGGAAUUGAAUAUACGGGCAUCAGCUUACAGACACUGUCUGGAAAUCUUCUACCUCAGCUUACUAAGGGUGCCGCUGGCAGCCAAAUUAAUGGAAGAGAGACUUUUCAGGAUUUGUUCGGCAUUCUGUUUCCUGCAACUGGAGGUAUAUUUGCAGGUGCCAGUAUGAGUGGUGACCUAAAGUCUCCGAGCAAAGCAAUACCCAAAGGAACUCUUUAUGGUCUUAUCACAACUUUUCUCCUGUAUUCUUUAGUCAUAUUAGCUAUGGCGGCCACCGUGACCCGCUCAUCCUUUCUCAGAAAUACAAAUGUGCUUCAGGAGACAAACGUAUCAGGCCUAUUGAUCCUGGCAGGAGAAGUAUCCACUAGCUUGUUCUCCGUUCUCAUGGGAAUUAUUGGCAGUGCAAAGCUUCUCCAAGCAAUAUCAAGAGAUAGCCUGUUGCCAGGAUUUUCCAUAUUUGGCCAAGGAACCGAAAAAGCCGAUGAACCUACUUUUGCGAUUCUUUUUACAUUCAUUAUCGCGCAAUUGACAAUGCUCGGCGACCUCAAUCAAAUCGCCAGCUUUGUGACUAUGACCUAUCUUAUGACCUUUUUGGUCAUGAACCUAGCAUGCUUCCUCCUUUCAAUUGGGUCUGCACCCAACUGGCGCCCAAGUUUUCAUUUUUUCAACUGGCAGACUGCCUUUGCUGGUGCAAUAGUGUCAGGAACCGCAAUGUUCUUUGUGGAUGGCUUAUCUGCAACGGGAUCCAUAGGUGUUCUUCUUCUACUAUUUCUUCUUAUCCAUUAUUCGGUAGAGCCUAAAAGCUGGGGCGACGUAUCACAAAGCUUGAUUUAUCAUCAGAUCCGAAAGUACCUCCUCAAGCUAAAGCAGGAGCAUGUCAAAUUUUGGCGCCCUCAAGUUAUUUUACUUGUGAAUGAUCCACGUCGACAAUACAAACUUAUACAAUUUUGCAACUCCAUGAAAAAGGGUGGUCUGUAUAUUCUCGGUCACAUUAUCGUGACGGAUGAUUUUAGUCAAUCAAUACAAGAAGCUGCUGCAUGGAACAAAUACAUUGAUUUUUCAAAGAUCAAAGCAUUCGUAAAUAUUGCCAUUUCUCCGGCUUUAGAAUGGGGGGCACGAAACAUUGUCCUUAACGCGGGUCUAGGAGGAAUGAGGCCUAAUAUCGCAGUAAUGGGAUUCUAUAAUCUGGAUGACCUCAGAAACUCGCAGCCAUUAAUAGACAUUUCGGAGCCACCGAAAUCAUCAUCGAAGAAUGCUGAGACACCAAAGAAACCACCCCGGAACAAGCGUCAGAAUAGCAAGGAAAAGAAGAUGCAAGGUGUGCUACCAACUGAUUUGUGCCGGACUGAGGGCAUGAUGAGUGUCACAAGCUAUGUGACCAUUCUAGAAGACCUACUCUUCAAGCUACAGAUCAACGUUGCAGUGGCAAAAGGAUUUCGAGAUCUGGAGUUGCCUGAUACGGAGAACACAAAAAAGUACAUUGACCUUUGGCCUAUUCAAAUGUCUGCUGAAAUUGCAGCCCAAGGUGAUCAGAAACAAAAUGUUUUGACGACCAAUUUUGAUACAUAUACUCUGAUUCUCCAGCUUGGGGUUAUUCUAAACACUGUGCCUGCUUGGAAGAAAGCAUACAAGCUUCGGGUGGCUGUAUUUGUUGAAUAUGAAAAUGAUGUGGAGGAGGAAAGAGGUAGGGUGAAAUCACUACUCGAAAAUCUACGUAUAGAGGCCGAAAUUCUUGUAUUCUGGUUGGCAUCAGGGGACAUCCCAUCCUAUGAGAUCAUCAUUAAUGGUGCAAAUACCGGUGCUGAUCAAAUUGACGAGGUCGAGGAGUGUCUCAACGGACAAGAUUGGUGGGAUGAGAUACAGAAACUUCGUGGACAUCGUGGAGCAACCACAUCUGCUUCAGUAGAUUUGGCUCAGAUUGCGAACAUAUUUCACGCUGCUCCGGCUUGGCCAGGUGCAUCAUUUCAGCAGGGCCCACGAUAUGAGCGUGCGGAACGAUUUCUUGGACUCCGAAGGCUACUGAGAAAAUCGAAGAAACGUCAACAUUUGAGUAAUUUGAAAGGUUUAGGUGUUAGUAUGGUCAUGCGAUCUCAAAGAUUAGAACCUGGUGUAACGAGCCGACAUGCUAGUCACGGAAGUGCUAGCGAAGAUUCUGAUAGUGAUUCUGAGCUUGAGCUCCAGUCUGAUGAUGAAAGUGCUGCAAGCGAAGCAGAUAUGGAUGAUUUCGAAUCAGAUAGCGAAUCUCAAGCCGUCGAGAUCAAGCCAAUUGCAAGAAGGAGAAGUCAUGGCGAUAGCUUACGUGGUCCCCCUAUAUCUAAACGUGCAGCUGGAGAAAAGGAACCAGUUCCUCCUACGAUUUCCAAAUCCACAAGACAAUCGAUAAUUGAAUCUUUCAAUAAAUCGCCAGAUCUAUCGAUACCAAGCGCUUCAGCACCGGUGUCACCACCACAUUCACCACGAGCACCGAGUGCUCAGCCAUCGCCAGUGACUCUUUCCGACUCCCGAAAAUUUCUAAAGGACUCACAAAAGUCUCUUGAUGCUCCUAAUUCGUCAGCAUCGUCGACUCUCCUACGGCCCCCCAAUCAGAUAGCGAGACCACCAAUAUCUAGACACGCAUCUACCCCGAAAUUUUCAUCAAAGCCCGUUCCCAUAACACGCGUCGCCACUGAAGAUGGUCCAGGCCCCAGCAUAAUGUUCACCGAAACGCCCUCUCCGCCCACGAACCGCAAAUCUUCGUCUCGUAUCCCCUCCGCUUACCGUUCAUCUCCCUCCUUCGACCGCAUCUCCGAAGCAUCCAGUUCUUCUCAUCCUCCGCCCAAUCCUCCUUCCCCCACCCGCUCUUCAUAUUCCUUACAAGCUCUUCCGCUCAGUUUUAAUGACUUGCCUUGUAGAGCACAGCAUUUGAUUCUUAAUCAAUUGAUUAAGAGCCAAAGUGAGAAGACGGCAGUCAUUUUUACUACGUUGCCGAGUCCUGUUGAAGGUACGGGGAAAAGUAGGGAGGCGAGCGAGGGGUAUCUGGGAGAUUUGGAGGUGUUGUGUAGGAGUUUGCCCCCAGUCCUGUUGGUACAUAGUAAUAGUAUGACGGUUACGGUCAAUUUUGCUUUGAAUUAUACUGGCGAAGAGGUAUCCGCAGAAAUUAAGAUUGCAUUUAUCCUUUGCACUAAGCUUCUUAAUGCAAAAGAAGAACGUGGAUUGAUGUAA